CUACUCGGGCGUUCCCCAGCUAAGCUUCCUCCUCCAACCCCCACCCCCUGGCUCCGGGGACAUUUCUUUUGGUCUUUUCAAAUAAGCUACCAACAGGUGUUCACGCUGCUGGAGAAAGGGUUGAAAGCGUCCCGAGAGUAACUGUGCGUGAGCGCCCGGGGCGGGCCCGGGAGGGGAGCACUCUCCCAGGCCGGCUGGAGCGCGGGGAGGGGCCAGUCGGGGCUCACUACUCACCGGGUGCCUAACUCGCCCUGGUGCCAGUUGUAAGGCUCCUUCACUUCGGAGAUUGUUCCACAGCCAUGUCCGGGAUUUGGGUUCACUUGUCACUGAUAUUUAUCUCUGUUUCUGGACCAUUGUCUAAAGGUGAAAAUGCCCACAUGGCUGGUAUCAACUCUGAGGGGCUGAAAUUGAAUAUUACUGAAGCGAACUCCUGCCAAGAAGGCCUGUAUCGUGAGCAUCAGUUUUGUUGUCAGCCUUGUCCUCCUGGCGAACGGAAAAACGGUGAUUGCAAACACGACGGAGGUAUACCAGAAUGUGUGCUCUGCUCAGAGGGGAAUGAGUACACAGACAAGAGCCAUCAUUCUGACAAAUGCAUAAGAUGUAGUAUCUGUGAUGAAGAACAUGGGCUAGAAGUGGAACAAAACUGUACUCGGACCCGGAAUACCAAGUGCAGAUGCAAAUCAAACUUUUUUUGUAACAGUUCUCCGUGCGAACACUGUAACCCUUGCACCACGUGUGAACAUGGAAUCAUUGAGAAAUGCACACCAACUAGCAACACCAAAUGCAAAGGAUCCAGAUCUCACACAAACAGUUUAUGGGCCCUCCUGAUCCUCCUCAUCCCAAUAGUUCUAAUAAUAUACAAAGUGGUGAAAAGUCGAGAGAGGAAUAAAAAAAAUGGUUAUUGCAACUCUGCAGCCUCAAAUGAUGAAGGGAGGCAGCUGAAUUUAACAGAUGUUGACUUGGGUAAAUAUAUCCCUAGUAUUGCUGAACAAAUGAGAAUAACUGAAGUUAAAGAGUUUGUUCGGAAGAACGGUAUGGAGGAAGCCAAAAUAGAUGAUAUCAUGCAUGACAAUGUCCAUGAAACAGCUGAACAGAAGGUCCAACUGCUCCGCAAUUGGUAUCAAAGUCAUGGGAAGAAAAAUGCAUAUUGCACUUUGACUAAAAGUCUCCCAAAAGCUCUUGCAGAGAAAAUUUGUGACAUAGUCAUGAAGGACAUUACUAAUGAACGUGAAAAUGCAAACUUGCAAAAUGAAAAUGAAAACUUGGUUUAAAGUGAAAAACAACUAACUCAGUUCUGAGAAUAUACUAAAUAUUCUAAAUAUGUUCAAAUAAGUUCUGAGUAGCUAUAGAUAUUGCUUGGCUUGGCUUUUUACUGGGUGUGUUUUCUUUUUUCAUUUAUUAGAUUUGUAGAGCUAAUACAUUUGCUCAAAGCUAUUUGUGGGGCUAAUAGCUUUGAGCAUUUCAUGAUUCUGCCUUCAAGGAUUUUUAAAGUCUAGUUGAGGAGAUGAAUGCUGGUGAGAGUAAAUACCCAUGUUCAUCUUCUUGCCUGUUAAGUGGGUAAAAAAGUGUGAAUUCAAAGAUUGAGAUCAUGCUCAAGUCUGUAACAUAUGAUUCUGUCACUGUGAAUGUAAUUAAUGUAUGUGAACACAAAUGCCUAUCCACAGGUUGACCCCAUUCCAUGAAUUAGUAGAUGUGAUCAUUGUUGCCAUGUGACACUCAACUGCCUCUAAAUUACCUCCCCAGCUCCACUGGUAAUUCUAGAGAUUUUGCCCUAUUUAUAAAUUUUGUUUACAUCUUUGAGAGGAGUAUAUUCAGGGAAAACCUGUGCAUAUCCUCUGAACGUAAAAUUUAAUAAGGUUCUACCUCAAAGAUCUUUGCACAGAUUAUUGGCCUUUCAUAGUGAAAUAUUUCCAUUUUGGAUUCACAUACAUAAUGCAGACUCAGUUAUAAUGCUUGAAUAUUUUAUAUUUGUCACUUGGAUGAAAUAACCCACUUUUUUCUCAGGUGUCAAACAUUUUGAUCAGGAAAGAAUUAUUAGAUCACUGUCAUCUCUCUGUUUUCGCCUUGAUGUGCAUCCUGGUAGACUGUGUAUCCCCAGACUUGAAAGGACUUUCUAAGAAACACUGAAUGAUUCGUGAAAAACUGGGGCUGCCCUUAGAAACAUCUAGCUUGGUUUGGAGAGACCAGCUGCUCUUAUGGAAGGUAGCUUUGUGGCAUAUCAUGAACCCAUGUCUAUCAUCAAAGCUAUUUUGUUCCAUCCCCCACAAAGUACUCAGUAACUUGCCAUGUGUUCUCUGUUGGUGUAAAGUCAGCUUAUACACAGCAGAAG